UCUCUCUUACUCUCUCGGACCACGUCCACAGGAGGCAGACAAUCCUACCAGAGGACAGGCAGCCCAAAUAUGAAGAUUGAGUGACCUCCAGCUGAGCAUUUGUCCCAGCCACCUGAUGAUUUUAGCAUAUUUUUCUGUGUUUUCUCCUGCGCUCUGGCUGUGAAGGACUCGCCUUUGCGCACAAAAGCAGCCCGGUGCGCACAAAGUGUCCAUGCGGAGACGAUAAAAAAAACUUUUCUGCCACGUUUUUAAAGCAGAAAGGAAUAGGAUCGACUUUUUUUGCUGUCAGGGCGGCUGGACUUGUGUAGAAAGUACAUUUUCAGAAGUUUUUGUCCCGGGGCAGUUUGCAGACAGAAUAAUGCUGCCCCAGCUCCUCACCGUGGCCUGUGGUCUCAGCUGCUUUGGUUUCACCUCCGUCACUGCAAACCUAUUAAAAGCAGAGGGCUGGCUGCAGCAGUAUGGAUACCUGCCUCCUGGGGAUGUCAAAGCCCAGGCCCUCCGCUCACCAAAGUCCAUCGUAACAGCGAUAUCAGCCAUGCAGAGGUUUUACGGAUUGACUGUCACUGGAUCCGUAGACUCCAACACGUUAGAGGCGAUGAGCCGGCCGCGGUGUGGCGUCUCAGACAAGUUCGGCCCGGAGCUGAAAACCAGUCUGAGGAGGAAGAGAUACGCUGUGCAGGGUCAGAAGUGGGAGAAGUCUGAGGUCACCUUCAGCAUAGAGAACUACACCCCUAAGAUCGGAGAACACGCCACGUAUGAAGCCAUCCGAAGAGCCUUCAAAGUCUGGGAGAGUGCGAUCCCGCUCACCUUCAGAGAGAUCCCCUUCAGCCACAUCAGAGGCAAGGUGGACAAGUACGCAGACAUCAUGCUCUCCUUCUCAGAGGGUUUCCAUGGCGACAGCACGCCUUUCGAUGGCGAAGGCGGCUUCCUGGCUCACGCUUACUUCCCCGGGAACAGCAUGGGGGGAGACACGCACUUUGACCUCGCUGAGCCCUGGACCACCGGGGACACAGACCAGGGGGGUAAUGAUGUUUUCCUGGUGGCCGUCCAUGAGCUGGGUCACGCUCUGGGUCUGGAGCACUCCAACGACCCCGCUGCCAUCAUGGCCCCCUUCUACCAGUGGUUUGAAACGGAAAACUUCCAGCUCCCAGAUGACGACCGCAGAGGCGUCCAGGCAAUCUACGGAAGCAAAUCUGGUGGUCCCCCUCCUCCCCCUCCGCCUCCUCGGCCCACAAAGUCGUACGUGCCCGAUAAGGGCCCAGAUGUGUGUGAGGGACACUUUGACACCAUCGCUAUCCUCAGAGGGGAGAAGUUUGUAUUUAAGGACAAGUGGUUCUGGCGUGUGCGCAACAACAAGGUGUUGGCAGGUUAUCCGAUGGCCAUCAGUCACUUCUGGAAGGGCCUGCCUUCAAACAUCCACGCCGCCUAUGAGAGGGAUGAUGGGAAAUUUAUCUUCUUCAAGGGCGACAGGUACUGGGUUUUCAGUGAGUCCACCAUGGAUAAGGAUUCCCCCAAGAGCCUGAAAGAUAUGGGCACUGGUCUACCUAAAGAUAAAAUCGAUGCUGCUCUGUACUACACACCCACAGGCCAGACGUACUUCUUCAGAGGCAAUAAGUACUACCGUUUCAACGAGAAGACUCGCACCGUGGACAGCGGUUAUCCAAAGCCCGUCAGCAUGUGGAGCGGUGCGCCGGAAAACAUUAAAGCUGCCAUCAUGAGCGAAGACGGAUCUUACACUUACUUCUACAAAGCCAACAAGUACUGGAAGUUCAACAACCAGUACAUGAAGGUGGAGUCCGGCUACCCCAAGUCUGUGCUCAGAGACUGGAUGGGCUGCGAGAGCGAGGACCCCAAGAGAGGUCGGGAAGGGGAUGUGAUCAUCAUCGAGGACGUGUCGCAGGGCGGCGCCGGGCCGGCAGCCGUGGUGAUCCCGCUGCUCCUCCUGGUGCUGGUCGUGGUCACUCUGGGAGUGCUUCUGGUCUUCAGGAAGUACGGCACGCCUCGACGCCUCCUCUACUGCCAGAGAUCUCUGCUGGACAAGGUGUAGAGGAAGUGAAAAGACAGACUGCCACAAAGGGACAGAAAGAGAGGGGGAGAGAACUGGAGAAAAGACGGGAUAGGAGAGGGGCCAUGUGUUAAGUUUUGGGUGGUUUGUAUGUGCCACAAAAGAGAGGGAAAAAAGGCCCUAGAAACUGAAAUCAGGAAAAUGCGUAUUUGUAUGUUAACUAUUUACUGUUCAGAGAUCAUUACCCACAGUCUCACAUAGAGACACAGAGACUCAUCAAAGACUUCCCUCCAUCCUCUCCUCUCUCACAUCACAGGUAUAAAAAAAAAAAAAACAUCCCUCCUUCCUUCCUCUCCUUUAACUGGACGACUCCAGCUGAACUGCUGUCUGACUCAUUUACUCAGAAAUUCAUCAUCUCUGUCACAAGUUUGUGCUCAAAAACAUACAUUUGUGGUUGGGGGGUUUUUGGGGAAGCUUUACUCAGAAAUUCAUUCAUUACAACGUCACAUUUCCAAUGUUUUUGCUAAGUUUGGAUAUUUGGCUGAGCAGUAUUUCCUGUAUUUCUUAGGUUUCUUUUCUACCACUAAUUAGGGCUGGGUAUCAAACCUCAGAUUUCUGCCUAAACAUUUGUUUUACUGCACGUAGUAUUAAAAGUUCCAGAUUUAAAGACUAUUAUUUCCUUUACCGUCGCUUGGGUUAAGAAAACAAAAUUUAAGAAAAUAAGCUAAUUUUUCUCACACCUAAGGUACUGACGUUUUCAAAAACAACACCUUUUAAAAAGAUACUCAGCCCUACUACUAAAGGAAUAAUCUCCCAUUUAAACGCAAAAAGUUGACCACGUUUCAGGUUGGAUGUAGCUCAGUAUAUAGCAUGUACUUUAUGCACAGUGUUAGUGUUGAUUGAUGCAGAUUUUGAACAUGCACAGAUAGGAUUUACGAUUUGUUUAUCCGGGAUAAUGUCCGCGAAAGUCCGACUUAACAUGCUGGAGGCGAUUUCCCCUUGAGGUGCAGAUUGAAAAGAUUGAUGGUACAACUAAAAACCUUUAUUACGUGCUUUAAUCUCAACUUGAUUCAGUGCAAGCAGUCAGACGGGGAGAAAUAUUUUCUAAUAAAACGUGAUGUUUUAACUCACGAAUGACAGUUUUUCUAACAUUCCAGUACAUUUGUUUUAGGUACACUUCCCAACAAUAUGGUGCAAUUUUUUUAAUUAUUAUCGUUGUUAUGGGAAAUUGUUGUUAUUAUAAGUAUGGUUAUUGUUAUUAUUGUUCUCCUGGUAAAGUUAUGAUGAUUUUUUCUUGUCUUUUAUACAUUGUCAUUUGGAGUCCUGCUGGACAGAGGCGUAACGUGACAAUGGUGGAAAUCUUUCCCAGUUUACACUCAGCAUGUGAUGAAUUAAAAUCCAAUCGGGGGGGAAUGUGACUUCAAGGUGUUUCCUUUUACUCCGAAACACCUGAAAUUACAGAGAUGUUGGCACACAAUAACAAGCAAUGCUAUUUAUGUACUUUGACAGUGCUCAAUGUUUUUUUUUCUUUUUUUACACAAAUCAAAAUUGAAGGUGAUUUAAUUUAGUUCAUAACAAUGAUAAUGGUAAUGAUAUUUAUAAUGAUAAUCAUAUCAAUAAAGUUGAAUGAGAUUUUUU